AUGACAAAUCUGAUCCAAGGGAAGACAAAGGAAUCUAGGUACAAAUCGCUCAGCGCGGGCGAGCAAACUCGCAUAGCAGUCCGGAAGAUGCGUCAAGUCACGGGAACUUUUAUGUAUAUGCGAGACAAAGACAUAGCCGAGAUAUUCGCAAAAGAGAAGAACAGGAUAGGAAAAAUGAUCGGCCACAUCGAUAGGGAGUUGCCUAAAACCCCAAAAGUAAUGAAGAGUGGGCAGUCAUGCACAUCAUGGCAAACUCAAGAUUUGGAGAAAAAAGGCGUUGAUUUCAUGGACUUCAAUCUGAAAGCACUGAACCAAGAGUGGGAUUCUCAAAGGAAGACUGACGAGUUUAAAUCGGAUGCAAAAGACGACAAGGCUACACAAGAUCGCAAACAGAUGCUCAAGGCGACACAUAAGGGAAUCAUCGAGCUUAUCAAGAAGACAGAAGAUGCAUGGGAUAAAGUCAAGAAUUGGGAGAAGCCAAAAGACUGGUAA